AUGGGUAACUGCUGGAGCUACAGUAACCUCUGUGAUGGCCGUGGAAGCAGCACAUUGCUCCCACAUACCAUCAUCAAUGAAUUUCCAGAGUAUGGCACCGUUGAGCCAAGCAGACACACACUGAGGGCUUCAUCACCGCACCAGGCAAAGCCCGUGACACACAGUCCAGAAAGACAGGAAGGUCACCACCGGCUGCCUGGCAGGCCCCUUCCUCAGUGUGCGGCUCCUGCAGACAAUUUGAGACCUGAUGCUGGGUCAGUGCAGGUGUGUGCCCCAGAAGAAGGUUUGCAACCUGUGGGUAACCUGCCAGAGAUUAUGAAAAUCUCUCGACGGCUGGAAGCAGCAAAGGUGCAAGAGAGAGCAAAUACUUGUCUUGAUUCAGAGACGCAAAUGGAAAAAAAGAGCUUUAUUGGCAGACAAAAUGUGCAGGCAGCCAAAGAACCAGUUCCAACAGGCCAAGAAAAACCCUUAGACAUGCCUCUUCCAUCUGAACGAACAGCUGAGGAGAAAAUGCAUUUGAUGAUUCCAGAGGAAGACCUGGCUGUAGUAUGGACUGGAGAAAAGCAGUCUGAGUCCUUGCAAGUCAUCAGGAAUAAAGCUGAGGAGAUCCACGCAGCGCAGGAGACAAGCUGUCAUAGACCAUCUGUGGCAAACCUGGAAGCAGCCAGCAGAGUGGAGGAGUGGGCGCAUUUUGAGGAGUUUUCAGCAUACAGUCAAGGCAAAAUGCAAAUGGAUCCUGAGAGGAGGCUCUCUAAAGAGGCAGCUGUGAGCAAACAUGUAGAAUUUCAAGGGGUGGAGAUUUUAUGGCUGCAAAAAGCCGAGGACCAGAGAAGAAAGAAGCACUCGCUGCUGGAGACUGUGUCUGUGGAGAGGAAGGCAUUCCCCAAGACGUCUAGCCACCUUGUGCCACCUAUGGUCUCCCCAGGCUUGGUCUCCUCGCCAGACAGCACUUGGAGUGAGGUCUGUGAGGACCCAAGGCUGGGACACACUGCCCCUGGAGCUCCUUCUGCACUGCUCAGUGAAAAUGGGGACAAUGAAGUUUUUGUGAAGUACAAGAAGAACCAUGGUGAGGAGGAGACAGCUGUACUAGCAAGAGGCCAGGGCAGGAUGAUGGAGGAGGGGGAAGCAGCCACAGGAGGAUAUGAAGAUGUCCUUGGGCAGAGGCACUCCGAUGUCUCCACUGAUCUGUACAGCUCACAGUUUGAAAACAUCCUUGACAAUGCAUCUUUAUACUACAGUGCGGAGUCACUGGAGACGUUGUACUCGGAGCCCGAUAGCUACUUCAGCUUUGAGAUGCCACUCACUCCCAUGAUCCAGCAGCGCAUGAAGGAGGGCGGCCAGUUUUUAGAUCGGACAUUAACCUCAGGGCAGCCAGAUGUCCUGCAGCUUCCCCCUGACGAGGAGGUGAAGAGCUGUGUUGAAGGCAUUGCCAAUGGCUUAAGGGAUGUAAGUGAAACACUCUUCAGAGGAGACGUCACGGAAGUCCCUUGUUUGGAAAGCAAUGCUGAAGUGCUGAAUAUGGUGAUAGACUCCAGUGCUGCCAUGGGGAGCAAUGAACUUCAGGAGAAAGAUGCCACUGGAGCCCUUGGCCACGAUCUUAGCAAUGGCAGUAGCAGCAAUUUGGAAGCAGCCAGGAGGCUGGCUAAGCGCCUCUACCAUCUGGACAGAUUCAAACGCUCUGAUGUGGCAAAGCAUUUGGGUAAAAACAAUGAAUUCAGCAAGCUUGUGGCUGAAGAAUACCUUAAGUUUUUCGACUUCACAGGCAUGACACUGGACUACUCGCUCAGGAGUUUCUUUAAAGCCUUUUCACUUAUUGGAGAAACUCAGGAACGAGAGAGAGUUUUAGUACACUUUUCCAGCAGAUACUACCAGUGCAACCCAAACACCAUUUCUUCUCAAGAUGGAGUUCACUGUCUCACGUGUGCCAUGAUGCUGCUGAACACAGACCUGCAUGGCCACAACAUUGGGAAAAAGAUGACCUGCCAAGAGUUCAUUGCCAACCUCCAGGGGAUGAACGAUGGCAAAGACUUCCCAAAAGGGCUGUUGAAG